CAGAGCUCCAAUUUUCCCUGUCUUUGCCUUGCUUUCCAAUUUUCUCUUGCCUCGAAGGAAACUCGGGUCCAGCAAAGUCUCCCUCUCUCUCUCUCUGCAUGCUCUUCUUUUCUCUAGCACUCAUAAGUAUUUCCCUUUGUUUUGUACCUAUAUAUGCUUGUAAUCAUUGGUUUGACAUAGAACUUUUUCACCCCAUAAUUUUCCUUCUAUAAUGUAAUAAACAAGUUUCUUCUUCUGCUUGCUGCUAUGUUAUUUAAGUUGAGAUCUUUAGUCCUCCGAAGCUUUAUUAACCUUCUUUCUCUUGACUGAAAGUGAAAAUUCACAAGCUUGGAAGACAGAAAACUAUGAUUCUAAGAUCGUUCACGAAUUAGCAUAUACUAUAUAGUGUGUGUGUUUGUCCAUGGCUGUUGUUGGCAACCCCAGAACUUGGAUUCCAUAUAUGAACAGCAAAGACUGUUCUCAAGGAUUUUGUAGCUUGUACUGUCCACAAUGGUGUUACAUUGUGUAUCCUCCUCCUCCACCCUUUGAGUACCCUGAUGAUGAUUCAAGCCCAAAUUUCUCUCCUCUUGUCAUUGCAAUCAUUGGGAUCUUGGCCACUGCUUUUCUUGUGGUGAGUUACUACACUCUAAUAUCCAAGUACUGUGGCCCCAGAGAGUCCGCACGCAGAGACCCAAAUGAAGAUCACUUGCAAGACAAUCAGAACCACAAUGACACUCUCCCCGAGCAUGAUUCAAACACGGGCCUCGACGAGGCUCUGAUCAAAUCCAUUGCGGUCUUCAAUUACAAGAAAGGAAUUGGUGGUUCUGCUGGAGUCACCGAUUGUUCAGUUUGCCUCAGCGAGUUUCAAGAUGACGAAAGUGUUAGGCUCUUGCCAAAAUGCAGCCACGUUUUCCAUGCUCCUUGUAUCGACACGUGGCUCAAGUCACACUCUAGCUGCCCCUUGUGUCGUGCUGGCAUAUUCACUUUCACUUCUUCUCAGGUUGAGGUGGAGGCCCCUUCAACAAACGAAACUUCUCCUGAUAAUGAAAGUGUAGAAAGUGGCAACGAGUUUGGCGUGGUGGUGCAAGAAGAAGUAGAAGAAAACAUGCAUCACACUAGAGCGUAUCCAAAGCCUGCAUUGCGCGCUUUUAGCGACUUGAGUAGCUUUCAGGGCAGGCACAGGGUGAUUGAGAUUAGAGACGAUGGUAGGUCGGUGUCAAUGGACCAUUCGUUUCAAAAUGCUCUUUCUGUUGCUCAUGUAUUGCAAAUGAGUGAAGACGAAGAUUCCACUGAAGCUGCAGGUCCUUCAAAGAGGUCGCACGGAGAGAGUAGCAAGUGCAUAUACAAAUCAAGGGUGUUGCAUUGUGUGCUGAGCCCAAUUGCAAUGAAGAGAUCGUUUUCCAGUGGAAGAUUCUCGGUUAGCAAAAGUGGCAUAAGAAGGCAUGGAAAUGGAUCUAUACCCAUCUGAGAAUUUUGUUUGUGCUCGUAAGAUAAGAUUAACCAAAUUUUUGUAUCUUAUAAAUGUGAUUAAUCUGUUAUAUUAAUCAGUGUGAUAACAGUAAUAACUGGGGCGUGCGGGUUGAGAGUGUCACUCUUUUUCUUUCGUCAUACUUUGGAUCCAUAA